GGGUGGAGCACUGGAGGCUGCAAGGACCUGGGAGCCCUAGGGCGGGGCUGCGGACAGCGUGGGGUGGCGUGGCUCGGCACAGUGAGCUGGCUCUGCAGCAGGUGAGCAGCUGAGCCAGGCCAAUGGCGGUGACUGCGGCCCUCUCUGCUGCUGCUGCGGCGGCGGCCCUGUCUGGCCUGGCACUGCGACUGUCGCGUUGGGCUGCGACGCGCAGCUCCUACGGUGCCUUCUGCAAGGGGCUCACACGCACGCUGCUCACCUUCUUCGACCUGGCCUGGCGCCUGCGCGUGAACUUCCCCUACUUCUACAUGGUGGCCUCCGUGAUGCUCAACGUCCGCCUGCAGGUGCGGAUCGAGUGAGCAAACGCUCCCCGCCGCAGCGGAGAGGGUCACCCGUGCCUUCCGCGCCGUCCUGGCCGCCACAGUAAGGACAGCGGGGCCACACGGUGCCUCGAGACUGCGGCGGGGGGCGCAGGCGGCACGGCCGGGGCCCCUCCAUUUUAGGUCUCUGCUGAGGGCCUAAGGAACCGCAUCCCACACCGCAAAAACCUUCACAGCCCAGUCCUUUUCCUCUGCAUCCAGAGAAUCGCCAGAGUCUGGCAAACCUGUUGCCUCCCCAUUGGCCGAAAGCGGGAGAGGCCCAAAGAAGGGAUGCUACCACAGGACUUUAUUUACCAGGCCCUGUGCCUGAAGACAUUGGUCUUCUGGGUGAUGGCUCACCCCGUCUCUGAACAUUUCAAAUCGGAUCCUAGAGGUGCCACUGUUGCUGUAGUAGCCCAGGUAGCAGCUGAGUGAAGAGCCUGCCUAGAAGGAGAGGGGCCUUUCUGGUGAGCCCAGAGGGGUGAGGUGGCUCAGGUCUCCUGGUCCCUCCACAGAAAAGCCUUGGACACUGAUAUCUCCCAGUAAGUGUGAGGGAGAUGUGCUCUCCCACCUGUUACACGAGAAGAGGAGAGAGCCCAGCCUGUCUUGGACCGGCAUUCCUCCAUCCCUGCUACAGUUUCUCCACAACCUGGCAGGACAUUGGGGUUGGGAGGGAGUGGAGAGCUACCAAGGGGCCUAGGGAGAAAGAGAGGCCAUGAGAUAGGGGAGCUGGACGUCUGCAUUCCCUUGGAGUGGUCUGAAAGACAGGUGAACAGUUGAUUUCAUAAAUAGAGGGUAAGGUUCAAGGAUUUCCUAAAAUGUCCAGCCCCCCUCCAGAACCAAGCCCCCCACUUCUCUGGUGCUUGACUAAGAGCUCCUGGGCUAUUGUGUGGUAUGGACAGCCGUGAGGAUGGCAUUGUGGUUUAUAGGGUCAUGAUGUCACUGGAAGGUUGAGGAGAUGUGGCUGAGAGCCAUGGUAUGGCCCUGUUUCUCUGUUCCCAGCUCGCAGGCCCAUCCCUGGCAUCACAUGGGAAAUCUCAUCCAGAGAGGCAGAGGACAGCCUGUCCAGGAGGCCCUAUCUAGGGUAGAAGUUGUGAUCUCUCAAUGCCCAAGAAUGGCCCAAGGGAUACUUUUGCUCCUUAACCCAUACUCCUCCAACUUCUCUGGCACUAGUAUCUCAAGGUCUAUUCAUUCCUUUCCAGCAUGCCAGCCGGCCAGCCCCAGGGACAGAGGGGCCCAACUGCCCACUCAGAGUCAGAUAAAGAUCUCAGUUUGUCUCACCCAAAGGGCACAAACUGAAUGGUGGCUGCCACAUGGCCUCUGCUGCUCACCAUAGGGCAGGACUAAUGGCUUCCUUCUCCCAAGUUUCACUAGUAGUCCAUGUACGUAUGUUUGAAUGCAUGUGUGUGCGCCUGUAUGUAAAUGUGUGUGAUGGGGUGGAGUCAUUGGGUAGGGAAAGGAGCUCCUGGAAAUCCCCUGUUUUCCAAGUUACAGGAAGGAUCAUGGACUACUGGGAGAAAUGAGUGUGAAGCCUGAGGCCCCUUCCUCUUAGACCUCACACUACUACAGGGAAGCUCGUCCCUGCCCAUGCUCAGACAUCGGCUAUGGUGUGAGAUCAGAGCACUGGUAUUAGGCUAGACUUUGGGCCCAGUGAUGUCAUCCUGGAGAGAGGCAGAGUUAGGACUCAGCUUUGAGCUCAUGUCCCGUUCUGGCCCUGAUUAGUCUGUGAGCUUCUGCUUUGGCGUCCCCUUGGCUACUUUUGUUCUUCCGUGGUGCCCUCGCUGUAUGAUGUCAUGGUGCCCUUGCUGUAUGAUGUCAUGGUGCCCUCGCUGUAUGAUGUCAUGGUGCCCUCGCUGUAUGAUGUCAUGGUGCCCUGUAUUUGCAGGCUGUAUGAUGUCAUGGUGCACUGUAUUUGCAGGCUGUAUGGCAGGCAAUGGAGCUUCAAAUUCAGAGACUUAGCCUGGAUGACCUUACAUUUCCAUGUGUGUUGGACUCUGCAUGGCCAGCGCCGUCCGGUCAGAGAUAGGGUUUUAGAAAUUGUCACGUUAUCUCCCAAAGGUAAAAGAACAUCUGUACACCAAA